UGACGGACGGGAGGGAGUGGGGGAGAGUGAGGGGGUGGGGAUGGGGGCCGAGGGGGUGGAGUCGCGGUCCAAUCGUUACGCGACUUACUACCGCGUUGGGAGUGGUCGGGGUAAGAUCGACAUCCACAACUUCUUCGACCUGCAGUACUAUGGUCCGGUGACCGAUAGCGACGGGCAGAACUUCCAAGUCACGGUGGGUGAAAGACAACGGGAGGGAGGGAGGACAACGGCAUCGCGGAUGUCACAUUGUGUUUUAUGGGAGUGAUGUAUUGCCUCUCUAGUUCGAUACGGGGUCUUCGUUCACAUGGCUGCCUGGGAGUGGCUGCAAGUCAUGCGACCAUAUCGGUAUGUAUGUGAGCAGCAGAGCACCACAUGAAGCAACAGAGUCCAUAUGUAUUCGCCCUCUCACUUGUCUGUCUUCCCAAUCCCUUCCUUCAUCAGAGUCGUCUGCGUCGGCCGAUGGCGACCCUUCGAUCACCGACAAGGGCACCUGUCAGGACUGUGCGGGGCCACACAGACUCAGAUACUGCGGCAAGGUAUGCACACCUGCACCCAAUCCACAUCACACGCUCGUGUGUAUGUGGGCAUGGUCGUUGGUUCGCCCAGAGUCUGGAUCGGUCGCUGCUGCUGACCUACGGCAAGGGAAGCGCGUACGGCGUCCUGUGCGAGCGGGACUUCACCCUCGGAGGCCUGACUGUCCACGGGCAGCCGUACGUCUACGUCACAGAGACCGACACUGCCAUGAGCUACCUAUCCCAGGCGGUAAGAUGGAUAGCUCAAGAGCAGAGUGCGCCGAGGUCGACGUGGUGUUGACGGGUAUGCGACCGACUGUGUGGUUGGGCUGGGCAGGAGGGCAUUGUGGGGAUGGGCUUCUCGACGCUGUCUGAGAACAUCCAGACGGGUACGCACCCACACACAUACAUACACACACGACCAUUUGUGAAGCAGCCGGAUAAGUCUCCCGCCUGUCGCCCCUGUGUGCAGUGAUGGAGAGCCUGGUCGCGGAGGACGUCCUCAGCGUACCCCAAUUCACAUUUGUCCUCACCGAGAACGGCAGACAUGGAUCUCAGGUAACACCACACACACACAUACACAAGCGCGGAGGACACACACACGCAACCACACCAUACGUACGUAUCUGGUGCUGCAUGCCCAGCUGAUCCUCGGCGACACCCCAUGGGAUGAGGACUUCAUCUACAGCGCUCCCGUGGUGCAGCCGUCAUACUGGACAGUCCAGUUCACGUCCGUCUCGGUGCUGCCGCCCAUUCCCUCAUCACACGACUCAUCUUUCACCACUGUCGAGCCCAGCAGCGCGCCCGACGGCGGCUAUGGCUAUGGGGUCUCCAACACGGACCCUGUAAUCGCCACGUCGCGGCGGCUGGGCGACAGGGAUGGUGCUGGCGAUGGUGGUGGUGAUGUGAAUGUUACGGAUGAGGCGGGCAAGGUGCUGCCGAUCAGCUCGCUGGGCAUCAUCGACACGGGUUCUUCUCUCAUCUACACGCCGGAUGACCCCACCACCUAUAUCCUGCUGCUCAAGGAGCUGCAGCCCGAUCUCAAGGAGCUGAAGCGGGCACAGUGCAGCCACGUGGACCCCGACUCGCCGAGUGUGGGUGUGGUGCAGUGCCUGUGCAAUCACGUGCACAAGUGGAAGCGGCUCAGCUGGGACGUCGGCAACGUGCACUUCGACAUAGGACCGGCGGAGUAUUUCAUCCCCGGCCUGUCGGAGAACCCCUUCAUGUGCACCUUCGCCAUCCAGCCUGGCUCAGGGCUGGAUGGCAACGCCUGGCUCAUCGGUGCGCUACACACCACACACGCCUAACGACCAACACAACAACCGUGCACCGUCCCCCUGUAUAUGUCAUCCAUCUCUCUGUGCAGGUGAUGCAUUCCUCAAGAAGUGGGCGGCCACAUUCCGUCUGGCCCCCAAGCCAACGGUGGGCUUCUCCGGGGUGUACCGCGGCGGCCCCUGCAGCCGGGCCGAGUACGUGGGCAAAGGCCCCUGCACGGGAGCGCCUCCCCUCUUCCCCGAGCCGUUCGACCCCAUGGCUGGCGACGAUGACCACUGGCUGCAGCGGUGGAGCAUCGUUUGGGGCGGCGUGGGGGUGGUGCUGUUCGGCGUGGUCGUCACCUGGUUCGGGUGGACACCAUCGUGCCCCAAGCGGAGGAAGACCACCGCGGAGCACACAGAGGAGGAGCUAGCAUCGUCUCACGAGGACCAGCAGCGACAGGCGAGGGUGAUGCGGCUGUGUGAGGCCGCCAACCAGGCAGCCAACCAUGGCCGCGACCACGAACCACCCAGCGGCAGCAGCAACAGCCACCGCCCCAGCCCACGGAGCUCCCAGAAGGGCGGGAGGCUGUUCGCGAUGCUGCGGUCUCUGCGGACGAGCAGCUCCCUCGACGAGGAGGAGGGGCAGUCAGGCCGGCGGGAGGGCUGAGGGUGAAGGGUCGGCCUCGGCUGCAUCGUCGUCAACGCUUGAGGGGACGGCAUCAGAACGGCCGGAUGUGUCGCCGGAUCAGCAUCGGCCGGUUGCCGAUGUGGGCCGGUGACUCGGGCGGCUGGAGGGCAGAGGGCAGAGGGCAGAGGGCUCGCUAGGUGGCUGGGUGGAUGGCACGGCUUUCUUUUUCUUUAAGACUCGGCGUUUCAGUCGCUUCGGUUGGGUCGGUUCCUUACUUAACGCGGUGAGGGGCCUCCCUUUGUCGUCUCGUCUGUGUGUGUGGUGGUGUGGUGUGCGGAUGUGUGUGAUGUCGUGGGGGUUGGCAUAAGGGAGAAACGGGGCUGGGGGGUGGGGUGGGUUGGUGGGUGUGAAGUGAUAGUUUCGGUCGGUCAGUUGUGUGAAGAAUUAGUCGACGCGUGUGUGCCUGGUGCGUGCCGUGCAAGCACGCCUGGUUUUUCACUCUUGGCUGGCUCUUGUUAGAAUGGCCAGCCAGGAGGGAGGCUGUGUGGUGUAGGCGCCCCGCCCCAUUUCCUCCGUCCCUCCCUCUCUCCCUCGCUCCCCACCUCGUGUGUGUUGUGUUGUGUUUGUUUGCGGCCGGCCGUGAUAUAUGCGCCCGCCAGCCUGCCUGCUUUGAUGCCCCUUGAUGCUUGGUGCCUUUUGUGAGAUCUUUAGUUGCCCGUGUGUGUGUGUGUGCGUACUUACUUUGUACGUACGGGUACGCGUUCGUUGUACGGGUAAGUACAGUGUGAGUGGCUUCCUGGACGGACGGACAGAUGGACAUAUACCGCCUCCUUACGUGCUCCCUGCCUGCCUGCCUUGCUCCCUCGUAAUGAUAUUUGUGUGGCUUCGAUCUACCUAUGGCUGUCUGUCUUGACGAUGAUCCUCAUGUUUUAUGCGAUGCGAUGCGGUGCGAUGGUAUGCCGAGCGUGCACACGAUCCACACGCACUCAACCCAGCGAGCCCAGCUAUCACCUGCCUGCAUGUGAUGUGUGCUCGAGUGCCGUCCCGUGCCGUGCCGCCAAGUGCAUGGUGUUCCAUACCUCCGUGUGUGCGUGUGCGUGCCUUUUUCCGCUAUUACAUCCAUCCAUCAUGCAUCGAUCGAUCCUCCUGCUGUGCGUGCUGCGUGCUGUGCAUUUAUUAAGCAUGGACGACACAAUGCAACACGUGAGAGGUGG